AUGAUGGGGUCUGUCGCGCUCCUUUUCGCCUUGAUUGGAGCUUGCUACGCCCAGGAUACCUAUGUGACCUUCGAGCCGGGCUCACGCCUUGGUGAGGUCAUGUGGCACACGCAACUUGCCUUCAUCAAGGCCGAAAAGGUUUGCAAUUUCACGGGGCAAGCCGACGUUGAUAUCCCCACGCUCCGGAAAGCCUACUGUAACGGGACAGAUGUCAAGCCAGAGUAUAAGCAGAUCGCCACCUGCUUCAUGAUGGGCAUCGAGACCUUCUCCGCGAAUUACAUCUACUUGGAAGAAAGCACCAAAUGCUCCGAAAUCGUUGAUGGCUAUGCGGAAUUGCUCUUUGAUGCUGCGUCGAGAUGCCCUAAUCGGCCACAGGCCUUCAAAACUGGGCUUCGCGGGACGGUGGCUUGGGUCGACUCGGUGCUCGCCGUCUCCGACGAUAUUUUGCACCGUGCUUGCUAUGUGGAGCUCGGGCCGGCGCUGUGGAGCGGUCUGCCACUAAUGUACAUGUGGCUGACGAUGCAGACCAUGCUGGAGAAGUUCGACACUCCGAUGUACCGGAUGUUGUUGAACUCUGGGAUUGGGCUCGAUGCGGUCUUCACCGCCUGGAUCAAUGCUGCUCUGGUAAACAAGUACCGGAACAUCAUCUUGUGCCAAGGCAGCCCCACACAGGACGCGGAGGUCGAGCUUCCACUUGAGGACGUCGUGGCCCGUCAGGUACCGGUACCCAAAGCUAACGUGAGCUCCGCCUCAAUUGUCACUGCAUCAUCAGGAGAACGGAAUGAAGAAAAGUCGUUGUUCACGCCCGACUUUUUCUUCCUGCACGCCGACGAAAUCUGCGGCUGGUCGGAUACCCUGGGCAACUAUGUCAUCUCCCUGAAAAAGGAAUUCUGCAUCGGACGAUCUGCAAAACCUGAAUACACGAACAUCACCCAGUGCUUCAAAGAGGGCGGGAAACCACUGAACGAGCGCUAUACCGAGCUGGCCACGAAUGCUUCAUGCAGUGAUACAGAGAUUCUGUAUCGUGACUACAUCAACACUGCGGCACGUAGCUGCCCUGAGUCAGCGAAAACGGCGAAAGUUGCGGCGCGUGGAGUUAUGAUUGAGUUGCUAGUCCGCAUGGUUUUGGCUGCUAAUGGGGCUGAGGGACAGUGCUACGUGGAGCUGGCAUUCAGCGUUCCCAACUACUUCAACGUUGAAGUCGAUCCACAGGACGGAACUUCGACCCCAAUUUGGCCGGUUCCCCAGGAAGAUCCGACUGCCCCGGAUUCUCCAGAGCCCUACCCGGUGCCAUGCGGUUCUGGACAU